CUAUAUACACGCCACCUCCUCCUGUUACAUUAGUAUAACAUAUUUGAACAUGAAACUGAUUUUUAACAUAAAGAAGUGUUUGAAUAUUCAAUCUCUAAUUCAGUAAUUCUUCAUGCCAUGUUUCGUUCUUCUUCCUUCUACCACUACUCUCAUAAUCAUGUUGCAACUUCAUUCAAGAGCUUUUUCUUCUUCAUUCCAACUACUUUAGCUCUUUUAACAUCACUUUUCAUUCUCAUCUAUGUUUAUUCUACCUCAAUCAUCUUCACACACCAUCAUCAUCAACAUCACCACAAAUUCCAACCUAUUCUUCAUUUAAAAUCAUCAUCUCCAAAUUUUACUCUUCCUUCUCCAACCUCUCACUUAACAACUUCCUCACACAAAAAUGAUUCUGAGUUCAUCAAGUCUCACACUUUCCAAUUGGGUGAUCAUAUUCUUGGCCUUGGACCACAAAGUCAACAUGGUUUAUCACCUGAUCAAUCCAGCUUAAAGGAACGAAGUACACAGAAGAAGAAGAAGAUAGCUCUUUCUUUUGGUUCAGAAAAAUUUGAGGAAAAAACUAAUGUGUUCCAUGAUAGAGAUAUCUUUCUUGAAGAUUAUAAAGAAAUGAAUAGGAGCUUUAAGAUAUAUGUUUAUCCUCACAAGAAAGAUGAUCCUUUUGCAAAUGUGCUAUUACCUGUGAAAACUGAACCUGGUGGCAAUUAUGCCAGUGAAAGUUACUUCAAAAAAGCACUUAUGAAGAGUCAUUUCAUUACAAAUGAUCCAACAGAAGCAGAUCUUUUCUUUAUGCCUUUUUCCAUAGCAAGUUUGCGGCAUGAUCGUCGAGUUGGAGUUGGAGGUAUCAAAGAUUUCAUUAGAGACUAUGUACAGAAUAUCAUUCAUAAGUAUCCGUAUUGGAAUCGCACGGACGGCGCGGAUCACUUUUAUGUUGCCUGUCAUUCAAUUGGAAGGUCUGCUAUGGAUAAAGCACCUGAUGUGAAAUUCAAUGCCAUUCAAGUUGUUUGUUCAUCAAGUUAUUUCUUAAGUGGCUAUAUUGCUCAUAAGGAUGCUUGUUUACCACAAAUUUGGCCAAGAAAAGAAAACCUCCCUAAGCUUGUUUCAUCUAAUAGGAGAAAGCUAGCUUUCUUUGCCGGAGCAGCUAAUUCGGCAUUAAGGAGAAAUCUUGUUGAGACAUGGAAAAAUGAUUCAGAAAUAUUUGUUCAUCAUGGAAGACUAAAAACACCAUAUGCAGAUGAGUUAUUAGGAAGCAAGUUUUGUCUUCACGUUAAAGGCUUUGAAGUGAACACAGCACGAAUCGGAGAUUCAUUAUACUAUGGUUGUGUUCCGGUGAUCAUCGCUGAUCAUUAUGACCUUCCAUUUGCAGAUGUUUUGAAUUGGAAGAGAUUUUCUGUUGUUGUCACUACUUUAGACAUACCUUUACUGAAAAAGAUUCUGAAAAGUAUGGUUAAUUCUGGUGAGUAUUUGAUGCUACAGAGGAAUGUGUUGAAGGUGAGGAAACAUUUUCAAUGGCAUUCACCUCCACUUGAAUUAGAUUCAUUCUAUAUGGUUAUGUAUGAGUUAUGGCUUAGAAGAAGUUCUAUACCAAUUUUGUUGGGGGAUUCUUAGGAACUACAUUAGAUUUAUUUAAGUAUUCAAUUGUUGGUAUAUAUAACAGUAAUUCAUCAUUAGAUUAAUUAAAACGAGUUUUAUGGUUCAAUACUUAUGAAUCAGCUUUCAUUAUAAACUUAAAUGAAUGAACUUUCAAAAAAGUUGAAAUUUUGAAGCCAACUUUAACUUAUAUACUGUUAUGAAUAAUUAGAUGGAUGUGCAUUG